AUGCCUGAUUCACAGGGUCCCGAAUCGAAAGACAUCGAUCCAUGGGAGAAUCCCGAGUUUGAUGUCUAUGCUAAAAUGGACCGCUUUGGCUUUGUGCAUAAAGACCCUGAAGAAGUUACGGUGGAGGAGCAAGCUAACCGUCGUCGUAUAUCGAAGGAAGUGAAACGGGAGAACAAGUGGUUGGCCAUGGAAAAUUCCUGGAAGAAAGGUCGCGUUCCACAAAAACUGCAGGAGAGGACAUGGAAGGGCAUCCCUGAAAAGCUGCGCAUGAAGAUUUGGCCGCGCCUACUUGGAGCCAUUGACAUGAGAGAUGCUCGACCGAACAUGUAUCAAGAGUUGUUAAUAAGAGCGCUUUUGGUGUCAAAGGAUAUUAAACAGAUUGAUCUGGACAUCAAUCGAACGUACCGUGACCACUUGGCUUUUCGAAGACGUUAUGAUGUCAAGCAGCGGUCUCUGUUGAAUGUUCUUGCUGCAUACUCUAUGUACAAUACUGAAGUUGGAUAUUGUCAAGGGUUUUUCGUUCCUGGCUUUCCGAAACUCUCUCGCUUUGAGGCUCAUUUCAAAAAGCUGCUUAAAAAAUAUAGGCCUCGGGUUUAUAAACAUUUUGAAAAAAAUGACAUUCCUUAUAUUUAUCUCACCAAAUGGUGGUUUGGUUGUUUCCUUGAUCGGGUUCCUUUCUCAUUAGCAUUAAGGUUAUGGGAUGUUUAUAUUCUUGAAGGUGAUCCAAUACUUCUAGCGAUGGCGUUGAAUAUUAUGAAAAUGCAUGAGAAAUCUAUUCGUAAGACCCAUAUGGAAAAUUUCAUGGACUUCAUACAGACAACACUUCCUUCCAAUUUUGGUUACUCUGAUGACGAAACGAUGUUUUCCUUACGAGAGGUGCUUAGUAAAUUAAAGAGCGAUGGACUUCACCUCCCCCCACCUCCAAAACCAGACGACUUAGCAGAAGUUCCAUUGAAAGCCCUUGGUCCAAUACUCUCUCGUAAAAUAUCGUCGAUUCGUGAGGAACAAGAUGAAAUCAAAUCGCGGCGUAGUCAUGCAGCGUGUGAGUGCGAAGAGUCUUUUGUUAAUGCGUAUAUACAAAUGUACCAAUUCUACUACCAUUACUACCUGAAUAAUGAUGGUGGUAGUGAUAGUUAA